AUGAUAAGAAUUGUGUCAGGGAUCAUUGCUGCUGGUGCAGUUACUUUGCCAUGUUUGAUAAUUUUAUGCUAUGCUCUGAAAAGGAAAUAUAAGAAUUGCAAGGGCUCCCAUGACAGGCAUGACAAGCCCUUUACUGCUACUGCCUGUCAUGGAGGAAGGACUACUACUACUAGUACUACAGCCAAGAACACUGAAUCCAGCGCAUUCACAGGAUCCUACAGCUAUGGAUCAACCUCUUCAGCUAGCACAUUUUGCAGGCUCUUCAGCUUCUCAGAGAUUCAAGAUGCAACCAACAACUUUGAUGACUCACUUAUUAUUGGGGUUGGAGGGUUUGGAAAAGUUUACAGAGGAGAAAUCAAUGGUGGCAACAGAGUUGCAGUCAAGAGAGCAAAUCCACAAUCCAUCCAAGGUUCUCACGAGUUCAGGAACGAGAUAGAACUGUUGUGCAGGCUUAGGCACAAGAACUUGGUUCACCUGAUAGGCUACUGUGAUCAGAACUCAGAAAUGUGUCUUGUUUAUGAAUAUGUUCCCAAUGGAACAUUGCAGAAGCAUAUCCAUGGCAAGGACCAUGGAAGCCUUAUUUUGUCAUGGAAGCAAAGGAUGAAGAUUUGCAUUGGUGCUGCAAAUGGACUUGACUAUCUUCACUCAGGGGCAUUCGAGACAGUCAUACACAGAGAUGUGAAGAGUACCAAUAUUCUUCUGGAUGAAAACUUGGGUGCCAAGGUUUCUGAUUUUGGGCUUGCCAAAAUAAUGGGCGCAUUUGAUCAGAGUCAUGUAACAACUCUGGUGAAAGGGAGCUUUGGAUAUUUGGAUCCUCAGUAUUUCUACAGCCUGGCUCUUACAAAGAAAUCUGAUGUCUACUCCUUUGGGGUGGUGUUGUUUGAGGUUUUGUGUGCUAAACCUGUUGUUAUGUCUACCCAGUCAGGGGAGAAGAUAAAUCUAUCUGAUUAUGCUCUGGAGUACCUUAGGGAUGGUACUCUGGAGGACAUGAUAGACCCCAAUUUAAUAGGUGACAUAACCUCAGAUUCCCUUCAGAUAUUUGCAGAUGUAGGAAAAAAGUGUUUGGCAGAAAAAGGUGAUGACAGGCCUUCAAUGGCAGAUGUGGUGUGGUACUUGGAGUUUGCCUUGCAAUUGCAUGAAAUUGCAACAGCUCAAGGGGAAACAGUUCAUGGUGUGAGUUCUGGUGGAAGUUUGAAUUGA